AUGGCUGAAGCUGAUGCAAUAGCACACGCUCUUGCAGGAGCUGGUGGUGGAGCAUUGAGUAUGAUCAUCACGUAUCCAAUGGUUACACUUUCUACCGUGGCCCAAACAGGUACUCACAAGGAUACUGAAGAUUCAAAGACCUGCUCCGGCGAACCCACUCAGCUUCAUUACAAGAUUAUCAAAAGUCUUAGGAACAAUUCCAGUUAUCGUGCUGCUCAAAAAAUCAUCAAGGAGAAGGGAGUUCUAGGACUUUAUUCUGGACUUGAAAGUGCUCUCUAUGGGAUUACCUGGGCUAACUUUGUAUACUACUAUUUCUAUGAGUUUGCCACCAAGUUUUUGUUGGGUCGUAAAUCACCAGCUAAACGCGCUAGGGGUCUUACUACGCUAGAAAGUAUGUUAGCAGGAGCUGUUGCUGGUGCACUUACAUGUGUUGGAUCGAAUCCUUUAUGGGUUGCAAAUACACGUACUAUGACUGCAAAAAAAGCUGAUCCUGGACAAUCCAAAUCCGCUAUUCGGAUGAUGAUUCAUAUUGCCGAAACAGAAGGAAUUGGUGCAUUAUUUAAUGGAGUUUUCCCAGCAUUGGUAUUGGUUGUCAAUCCUAUUAUUCAAUACACCAUAUUUGAACAGAUCAAAAAUUCUAUUAUUGCCAAUAAAGGACGUAAGGCCUUCACACCCGGUAAAGCGUUUUUCAUUGGAGCUUUUGGUAAAUUAAUAGCCACAGCUUUGACAUAUCCAUAUAUCACUUUGAAAUCUAGAAUGCACUUGCAGGCUAAGAAGGUAAAGGAAGAAGGCGGAGUGCCGGAGUUAACCAUGUAUCAAGAGAUUAGAAAGAUUUUACGUGAGGAAGGUGUGGAUGGGUUAUAUGGAGGACUAAGUGUGAAAUUAAUCCAAUCAAUUACUACUGCUGCAUUUCUUUUCUAUUUCAAGGAAGAAUUACUUUCUUCAAGCGUACGAGCCGUACAAAUGUUAAGAUUGAUGAAGGCUAAAAAGGCUAUGAGAUAG